AUGAUGGUUUUAAAUCGCACUCGCUCCCUGCCAUCAGUGUCUUUAGGCACAAAGUGCACCAUCGAAUUACAAAGCUCGGUUACAUUCGAUGCUGUAGUCGAUGCCAUAAUCGAUGUCACAGUUGAUCCUCCAGCCGACGUUACGGUCAAUGGUACAGUGAAUGAUACAAGCAGCGCCACAACCAGCCCCGACCCAACAACUAACGGCCUCCCAGAUAUCUUCCUUAUCACACUAGGGAUACCCCCUUACCUGAACAUCACAGGUCUAGGGGCCCCGGGUAUUGAAUCGCUAGAUAUCGACCCGAGAGUGUAUAUGAUGUGCAAGGGCAAAGCCAUCAUUAACAUACUUGCGGGCCUUGAUCAACGUUACAAGAGAUACGACAAGAUUAUGGGCCUAUCACAAAACGGGGAAAUGUAUCAAAAGCUGGCAGUCGGUCUUAUAUUUAUGACUUGCAAAGCGAAUGCCUACUCUGAAGACUUUCUGAGUCAUAUCGCCGCUAGCAGCCAAAGAUCUCUUCAACUGCCCUUCCUUGAUAUGCAGCCUCCCUCAGCAGUUGAUCCGAACCCUCCUGCUUUACCACCAUCUCCUGCCAGCGCAACAUCUCUUGUUGCUGUAUCACCUGCUGUUGCUGUAUCAUCAUCAUCAUCAUCACCUGCUUCAUCACUUACAUUGGAAGAACUCCUCGAGAAGAGGUUGAAAGAAUAUCUUGCAGAGACCAAGAUGGCCUCAAAACAGCCUGAUGAGUCGUCGUUUGCUCCUGCUAGUCUUGGGUUUGGUCAAAGGACCGACUUUGAAGAAACUGACGCCUCUACCUCCCACGCUUCCACCAACAGCGUCGACCAGCAUGUGCACGGCCUAGGCAUCUUGGGCACCGAGGAGGAUAUCAAAAGGCACGAAGAAGCAGUUGCCCAGCUGACUAAGUUAGCUAACCCCAUUUUAGCUAGGAUUGGCCGUAUCUUCGUCUCCAUUGGAGACGAGCGACACAAAGUCGAAGGUUGCCGUGAGGCGAUGCUUCGAAAGGACCAAAAGGCCUUGGUCCUUAAACUUGACGGCCUAAAGAGCGAUGGCGAUGCUUACCUUCGCCAAUUGGAUGAUGUCAUCCAAUCUUUUGACAGCGCCCAGAAGUGGCAUAACGUCUUGCUCGGCCAGAUGGCCGAGCUCGUUAAGCUUCAGAGAGCUGAGGUGGCCGCCGUUUCCGCCGCCAUCGCUGCUGCUGCUGAUGAUGCUAAUACUACGCUAGAUGGGAAGGUCCAACAGGGCUCUCCUUUGAUGGUCGAGGGGCCAGCUGAGGGUGUGGUUUCUCCGCCCCUCACGAGUCCAAUCAAGGCGCCAACUACCGAGCGCCAGGACGUCGCUCACCAGGAAACCGGCCCUGCCAAAACCGCCCUACUAAUUCUCUCCCACCUCAGUGAUCAGAUGAGGUGGGUUGAGAUCGAUCUGGUCAAGCUCUGGGAUCGACAGAUCCGUGAGUCGGCCAUGGCCCGACGUAAUCUAUCCUCAGAGUAUGAAAGGCUCAUGGCCGCAAUGCGCCAGCAUGCCGACGAGCAUUUCGGCAGCGAGGCUGCCAAACCCCGCGGUGGUCCUAGAACCAACCUCCAAUGGGCCGUCAAGAACUUUGACGUCUCAUAUUACGCCGAAUAUCCCCUUCGGGAUGUCAAACUUGAGCUCCGCACCAACCUACGGGAGUAG